AGCAAAAGGCCGUAUCAUAUUAUCAUCUCUAUAGUUUCACGAGCGUAAAAAGUUUAGUGCACUGGUUUCAAAUUAUAAGAGCGAGUAAUUUUCAAAUGUAUGACGAAUUACCACCUUAUUUAUCGAUGGGACAUAGUUGUCAUAAUUUUCCUACUAAACAAAUUAAAACGCCCAUUGGAGUAUUUUAUGGCGGAACCGACAGUUUGGUUGAUAUUGAAUUUCUUUUAAAACAAUUGCCUAAACCUGUAUUUGUAAAAGAAGUCAAACCUUACGAACAUUUGGGUAAGAAUAUUCUUUAA